AUGCCAAGCAAAAAGAAAAAAUACAACGCCAGAUUUCCACCCGCAAGGAUUAAGAAGAUUAUGCAGACUGAUGAAGAAAUAGGCAAAGUAGCUGCAGCAGUACCGGUUAUUAUUUCAAGAGCCCUGGAGCUUUUCUUGGAGUCGCUGCUCACCAAGGCUUGUCAUGUCACUCAGUCCAAAAACGCAAAGACCAUGACGACAUCACACUUAAAGCAAUGCAUUGAGCUGGAGCAGCAGUUUGACUUCUUGAAAGAUCUGGUGGCGACGGUGCCGGACAUGCAGGGCGAGGGGGAUGAGAACCACAGCGAGGCUGCGGGGGAAAAGGUGCCACGAAGGGGGCAAAAGCCAGGUUCCGCUCACAAGAACGGCGGCGCGGGCUCUAAGGGCAAGGACAAGAAGUUAUCCGGAACUGAGUCAGAGCAAGAGGAAGACUCUGAGGACAGCGAGACGGACGGAGACGAAGAGGACGGAUCUCAGUCGAGCACAAACCUGCAGGCUCCAGCUAGAUUCCACAGCAUCCACGCACCACCGAAGCACACGCACACAGUGGUCCCAGGGGACGGCGUGGCUCCGGCGCCCGUCCGGUGCCCAGUGACCUUCGCCUUGCACCCCUCCGCAAUGGGCACGGCGCCACCUCCGCCGGCACUGCAACGAAAUGAGGACUACGACGAGGAAGACUAUGACUCUUAA